ACAUCAACAAAACCACAGCCAAGUUCUUUGAAGCGAAAAGGAAAAAAAUUGGUUAAGACGGAAACGACAUCCUCAGAAUCGAAUGACGUAUGUACCGGGAUGAAAUCAAAAAAAGACCGAUCUAUUGCCAAAAAAAUCAAAUCUGAAGAUUAUGUUGUCAAGCAGGAAUCCGACUCAGAAGCGAAUAAGGGUUCUGUUGAGGAGGAUGAGGAAGACCAAUGGUGGCUAUCUGAAAGCCUUGAAAAUCAAUCCUGCAAUUGGGAGACCCUAGAACAUAAUGGCGUUUGCUUCCCCCCGGCCUAUGUGCCACAUGGGGUUAAAUUGAAAUAUAAAGGCAUGGAUAUUGAUCUCCCCCCUGAGGCAGAGGAGCUUGCAACGUUUUUUGCCGGUGUUAUUGGUUCUCAAUACGAAUCCAACCCGAUCUUUGUUAAUAAUUUUUUCAAUGAGCUAAAAAGGUCUCUUGAAAAUACACCCUAUGGGAAGCUAGUUGUCAAUUUCGAAGAUUGUGAUUUUUCUCCAAUAUUUGAAUAUAUCCAACAGCUUAGGGAACAAAAAAAAAAUCGCACCAAGGAGGAGAAGCUUGAGGAAAAGAAGGCCAAUGAUGCGCUUGUCGAGCGGUAUGGAUAUUGCUUGUUGGACGGGAAAAAAGAGAAAAUUGGCAACUUCAGAGUUGAACCUCCUGGUCUGUUUAGGGGAAGAGGCCAGCACCCAAAGAUGGGAAGCUUAAAGGCGUUUGUUCCUGAAGAUAUAACGCUCAACCUUGGCUAUGCAGCACCAGUCCCACAAGCUCCUGAGGGGCAUGCAUGGGGAAAUAUCAUUUGCGACCCAUCAGUCACAUGGCUCGCAACUUGGCAUGACUCCAUCUCAGGAAAUGCCAAAUAUGUCUUUCUCUCAAUGUCUUCCAAGCUAAAAGGGAUGUCUGAUUUAAAAAAAUAUGAAAAAGCACGAGAGUUAAAGUCUUGUGUGGCUUCUAUUCGUAAGAAAAUCGAAGCGGAGCUUUUGGACGAUGCCAUGCCUGUCAAGCAACGAGCCACAGCAAUUUGGCUUAUAGACCGUUUGGCUUUGAGAGCCGGAAAUGAAAAGGGAGAGGAUGAGGCCGAUACUGUUGGCUGUUGCUCUUUAAGGGUCGAACAUAUCUCGUUUCAAAUCAAACCAGACCCAGAGAAUCGGAAACAGAAGCAAUAUUUCAUCAUAUUUGACUUUCUUGGUAAAGACUCAAUCCGCUAUUAUAAUGAAGUCGCUGUUCCCAAAGUGAUUUUCCAAAAUUUAAAGACAUUUGCAACAUCGGCCAAAAAACAGAGACACGACCCGCUGUUUGAAGAUUUGAAUUCAUCCAUGGUAAAUAAAUACUUGAAUGGCCUUAUGCCUGGACUCUCUGCAAAGGUUUUCCGUACCUACAAUGCCUCCUAUACGUUUCAACAAGAACUGCAAAACACACCUGCUGUUGGAACAAUGUCUGAAAAGAUUCUUGCAUACAAUAGGGCAAAUAGACAAGUCGCUGUUUUAUGCAACCAUCAAAAAACGGUUUCUAAAUCUCAUUCGGCUGUGAUGGAUCGACUACAUGUCCGAUUGAAGGUUAUCAAGGCAGAACGCCGGUAUAUUAAACGAGAAUUAGAAAGCAGGAAUUGCAAGUCGCUUUCAUCAUCUUCUUCAUCAAAUGAGGAAUCUGGGGUUUCUUCUUCCGGAGAAGACUGUGUCAAGUCCGAAGUCAAGUCCGAAGUCAAGUCCGAAGCCAAGUCUGAAGUCAAGUCUGAAGAAGAAAAUGGGGAUUCUCUUGACUCGUCUCAGGAGUCGGAUUCUUUGAAGAAAAUCCAUACAUACUCUACUGAAAAGCUUGUCAAAAAGUUGGAAGUUUUAGGUGGCCGGAUUUUGACGCUAAAAAACAACAUCCUAGAUAAGGACGAAAAUAAGCAAACGGCUCUUGGAACUUCAAAGCUAAACUACAUAGACCCCCGUAUAACGGUAGCUUGGUGCAAAAAGUACGAUGUUCCGCUGGAAAAGCUAUUCUCAAAAACCUUAAGGGAGAAGUUCAAGUGGGCUACUAGCGUGGAACAGUGCUGGACAUUUUGA